AUGUACCGUCAAGACAGCGAACUUAACCUUUCCCUCAUGGUAGCAGAUUUACUUAGCCCCCUUGGAAACUGGUGGAAUGUAGGCCUUAUUCGUCAAACUUUCACCGAUGAGGAUGCUGAACGUAUUUUACAGAUAAAGCCAAACCUUCACUUACAAGAUACAAAGAUAUGGGGUUUUGCAAAGAAUGGCUGCUAUGAUUCUAGGAGUGGCUACAAACUAUUGGAGUCACUUGAUGAAGCAUGA